AUGGCUCAACAACAAGCACCUACUGCUGCUCCUGCAGGCACAUUUCUUGGACAGCCGCAACCAAACCCGAAAGGUCACGUAAAUGCUAUUAUACUACAAAGUGGGACAGAACUAGAUGGACCGACCGACCCUAGAACUCAAAACCCAUCCAUGCACCAAGACCCAGGUAAGGUAACUGAGAAGGAAGACGAACAAGAGGAAGAUAAAAACAAAGAGGCCGUAGAGAAAGAAGAACCUUAUGUACCUGUUAAACAAAAAGACGCCAAACCAAGACUCCUAAGGUGGAUCUUACUACUACAAGAGUUUGACCUAGAAAUCAAAGAUAAAAGGGGCACUGAAAACAUUGUGGCCGAUCACUUGUCAAGAAUGGAAGGUAUUGAACCUGAACGAGUGCCUAUAAACGAUGAUUUUCCGUUCAAAAGACUCAUAGCCCAACUGGAAAGCAAUACAUCUAAAGAUGCGUUAACCCAUAAGGAUACCAAAACAAACGAGGUAGUGGAACCAAUUUACACCCAAACCAUACCACCAAGGUACGCUGACUUCGUCAACUACUUAGCAGCUAGGGUGCUUCCGCCAGACUUGACCUACGAACAAAAGAAAAAAUUCUUCCACGAUCUUAAGCACUACUAUUGGGAUGAGCCUCUACUUUUCAAGAGAGGCGCCGACGACAUUUUUCGUCAUUGUGUCCCCGAGGAUGAGGUAGAAAAUGUAAUCUCCCACUAUCAUUCUGCUCCCUUUGGAGGACAUGCAAGCACCUCGAAGAGGUGCGCUAAGAUCUUGCAAGCCGACCUCUUUUGGCCCACUCUGCAGAAAGAUGACCACAUCGUGAUCACAAAUUGCGACCCGUGUCAAUGCACUGGCAACAUAUCUAGACGCGACGAAAUGCCGCUUAAAGGCGAAAAAAGAAUAUUAGAUAUCCACGAACUAGAGGAACUUAGACUAGAUGUGUAUGAGAAUUCCCGAAUCUAUAAAGAAAGAACAAAAAAAUGGCACGACAAUUGCAUAUUAAGGAAAGAGUUUAAGGCAGGCGACAAAUGGAGCAAUAGAGAUAAAAGGAAAAACGAGCGAACCAUUCAUAGUAAACGGCCAGCGUUUGAAACAUUACCACAACAUUGA